AUGGAGGGAGCGAUGGACGGAGCAGAGAGGAAGCAGGCGGUGCUGACGGUGGCGUUUCGAUACCUGGACACGUACAGAGAGCUGCUGCAGGAGGAGGGCGAGCGCAGCAACAGCUUCCCCAAGGAGCUGUACAUGUGUGCUGUUCAGGAGUUGACCCGGUAUCCUGAGCUGGUGGAGGACGUCCUCAAACUGCAACGAUGGACUGAGAUCUUACACUGCCCCUCUGACGAGGAGAAGGAGAGCAGGAAGAAGCAGGUCCGCCCUCUGUUCAGACACUUCAGACGCAUCGACGCCUGCCUGCAGCCCAGAGAGGCCUUCAGAGGCUCCGACGAGAUCUUCUGCAGGGUGUACACUCCGGAUCAUUCCUACGUCACCAUCAGGAGCCGUCUGUCCUGCCGGGUCGGAGAGAUUCUGGCUCUGGUCAAAGAGAAGCUCCAGUACAGCGAAGACCAGCCAGUGCUGCCGGGAAACCUCAUACUGGUGGCCGUGACAUCAGCCGGAGAGAAAGCCGUGUUUCGUCCCAGCGACGAGGCCGUCUUCACCACGCUGGGAGUCAACACUCACCUGUUCGCCUGUGAACCCUCUGAACUCGACUCACUGCUUCCUCUUCCUGAGGAGAUCCACUGGACGCCGGGCGACAGUAAACUCCACGACAUGUCGGCAGAGGAGGUGGCCAAUCAGCUGGUGGUGUUCGACUGGGAGCUCUUCAGCUGCGUGCACGAGGUGGAGUUCGUAUGUUACGUGUUUCACGGAGAGCAGUCGCGCUGGCGCCCCCUGAACCUGGAGCUGGUACUGCAGCGGUGCAGCGAGGUGCAGCACUGGGUUGCCACGGAGAUCCUGCAGUGUCAGUCGCUGCCAAAGAGGAUCCAGCUGCUCCGCAAGUUCAUCAAGAUCGCAGCGCUCUGUAAGCAGCAGCAGGACCUGCUGUCCUUCCUCGCUGUGGUUCUGGGUCUGGACAACCCCGCCGUCAGCAGGCUGAGGCUCACAUGGGAGGGUCUGCCGGGGAAGUUCAGGAAGCAGUUUCAACAGUUUGAAAGCAUCGCUGACCCGUCCAGGAACCACAAGUCCUACAGAGACCUGAUCACCAGCCUGAGGCCUCCGCUGAUCCCCUUCACUCCUCUGCUGCUCAAAGACUUGACGUUUCUUCACGAGAGCUGCAAAACGUUUCACGGUGAACUCGUCAACUUUGAGAAGAUGCACAAAGUGGCUGAGAUGGUGAGGAACAUCAGACGAUACAGGAGCAGCCAGCUAGCCAUGGAUACGGAGACGUCUCCCUCCCACCUGCAGACUAAGGCUUACGUGCGGCAGCUGCAGGUGAUCGACAACCAGAACCUGCUGUUCGACAUGUCCUGCAAGCUGGAGCCCAAAGACACAUAGAGGGAGGAAGGUGGAGGAGGAGGAGGAGGAGCUGAGGAGGGCAGAGGGAGAGGAAGCCAGGACACUAAACUUGGACGCUUCAGUCCUCCUCCUCCUCCUCCUCCUCCUCCUCCUCCUCAAACAACCCUACAGAGGACCAGCGUCCAGACUUCACGUUUACACCCUCGGAAGAGUUCUGCUGGGACCCGUCCAGGGACCAGCACAACUCGCUCUGCCCUCAGAGGCCAUUUACCCCUAAAAACUGGGAAUUAUUAUUCAUAUUAUUCAUAGGAACAUUCAGGAAGCUUUCAGGACUGAAAGGAUUUGGAAAAGGAUUAAAAGUAGAAAUAAAGAAAAAGCAGAUCUCACGAAGACGAGUGUUCACGAGCCCAGACCAUCCAGAACCUGAAGCCUAAACCCAACGACUGUCCUGCAUCAGCACAACGCUUUGAUUAUAAAACAUUAUUGAUCCUGAAGCUGGACCUGCAGUCAGAGUCCUUUCAAAGUCCGAACACCAAAAUUCAAACCUCGGUUUAUCUGUUUAGUGGAGGUCCGAGCACUGUGGCACGAAACCCCCAAAGUGCUCAUCGAGCCAAACAUCUAAAUGUGAAAUCAAAUCAGAAUAAACUGUAAAUCAGAAAGUGCUGAAACCAGACGUGGAGAGAGAAACUCCAAACAUGAGUCGGGACUGAAUGCUCUCCGACUCCAGGCUCCACCUCCUCCUUUUCCACCUGUGGCAUGCGACCAAUGAGAUUGCAGCCAAUCUGACGGCUGACCUUCAGCCGCAGUGAGCGCCUCAGACAGCAAGAGUAAAGAUGUUCCAGGUCACAGAGCGCCUCGACCACGUGAAACGAGCAGAAGUGUGGAGCUGACAAUGGUGGCGCUUCUUUAACAGCCAUCUUAGAUUCUUCAUCUCUGAGAUCCACGAGCGUCCACAGGCUGAGGAGCAGCUCCAGGUUUGGACCCGGUGAAACCGGAGCAGCUCUCCCGCAGGUGGAACUGGUCCAGUUUUCCAAACUCCUGGAUUCGAGUUUGGAUCUCGUCUAUUUCAUCGAGUUUUCUGUCAAGGUCACGAACGCCUCACUGAUUCGUGGCCACUUCCUCACACAUCGGAGCUUUCCAGAACAUUCCUGUACCUGAACGCACCGGACUCUAAUGAUGCAUUCACUGACCGUGUCAGACUCACAGACACUGUGUGAGGUCAUCGCGGUGCGUUCGUGGAUGUGUAGAUGCUGGUUUUCUACCUUAUGACUCCGGAGAGCUCCUCGGUGUUUAUGUUUCAGGACUUUGAUGAACGUCAGCGCCCGUCAGCUUAAAGGACCACACCCGUGUUUUUACACCUCUCGCCCGUCGCUCGGUUGAACGUCGCGAUGUGUGUUGUUUAUUUUUUGUUUUUUUUCUUACCGGCAGCUUCAGGUUUAGUUCUGUUCACUGUGAGGCUCGUACACUCAAAGGUUUUCUAGCAGCUACAGUCUGAUGUGAAAGCAGAUGAGAUGAACCAGUAAAACCAGUAUGUUUUCCACUAGUCACUAGUCCAAACUCCAAAUCUGUAAUCAGGCUGAGGUCGAGGUGCAGACAAAGUAGAGACGUGAGGAAAACCUGAGGAAUCAAAGAAGUAGGAAAUGAAGAAUAAAACAGGAAGUGACUGCAACGCUUAAAGAUGAGCGGCUCUUACUCUGAGCACCAAGCAGUUUAGAAAGGUCGUGUUCCAGUUACGCUCGACGAGCGACCACAGUGUUUGUUCUCACGCCGGUUUAUGACUGACGUCUUUUCGUGUCAUUAAUUCUGAUUUUCAGUCGUUCUGUUGUAAAAAGGAGGUUUGAGUCUGUUUGUGACGCUUCACUGCGAAACUUCAGUGCAGCGACUGAAAGUGUGAAGUUACACAAAUUAAACUAUUUUGGUAAAAAAAACCUAUUUCCAGGUAACCGUCUCUGAUCCUCAUCAGCCUAACAAUCCUCUGAUUCUCUGAACAAACGUGGAUUCACAUCAAUGGAUGGAAGAUUUUAGGCUUUAAAUACUUCAUUAAUUAAUGAAUUUAAUGAUUAAUGCAUCAUUAAAUUCAUAUUGAAUAAUUCAGCUCUCAUUAAUCGAGCAGUCUUGGCAGCUUUGGCGUAACGUCCCGCUUCGUGGUGGUUUCUCAGUGUGUGGCGGCCUUUUGUCCAGUUAAACUGAUGAUAGGUCCCGCCGGUGACCCGGAGGAGCGCUCUUACGACGAUUAAUAGUGUGCGUCACAAACCUGCAUCCACACCGGGUUCACUCACUCGCCACAGGUUUUUCUUAUCUUUGGGCGAGCUGAUUCUAGCCCUCAGGCCGUAUGUUUGACACCGUGCUGUAAAACCUGUGAGUUACAGGAGAAGUUGAUACGAUGCUCGGAGUUUAUCAGGUUCUUCCUCUCUACCCAGAAUGCACCUCUCCUCUGAGGGUCUGAACGUCCGGCUGGGUAAUCUUUCGAGCUGAAGGAAAGCACGGGUCUGGUCCUUUAGGAACGCUGCUGGUUGUUGGCUGACUGGACUAAUGAUCACGUGACAGCCGAUCGGCUGCGCUCAUGCCGAUGUCACAGACAAAGAGAAGUGGAUGGAAACACUUCCUUCGCUCAGCGCUUGGAUCUAACUGCUGUCACACCGACCGACCAAUCGCCUUUAAGGAAGGACGUGACCGCCCCCUCCCCCACAGAGCUGCCCUCCCAUCGGUUGGCUCGGUGCAUCGGGGCGGUCGGGGUCCACGGCAAUAAGAGGAGUGACGGGAAGCGAAGCUGGUCGGUCGAUGCGUGGCGUCAACGAAGCACUUUGGCGAACCUCAGGGCUCAGAGACACACAGAGGUUUUGUUUACUCCUUUUCUCGCUUUCAGUAGAGUUCAGUUCAGUUGUGUUGCGAUUGAUUGGUUCUGUGUUUGUACAGCUGAUCACACUUCAGUCAUAUUUACUCCAAUAAUAUUAAUAAUAAUAAUAAUGAUAAUAAUAAUAAUAAUAUUAAUAAUAAUAGAAUCUACAGAGCUGUUGUUUUUAUGCUGUGAGCACCGCCAGGCCUGAGCGCAGACUUUUACCUUCUGAGUCAAAGAGCCGCUCAGCUGACGGCAAAGAAGAAGAAAGUCAGUCUGAAGUCCUUCUGCUCGGGUUUUAAAGGCCCGCGGGUCAGGUGGUACAGAAGGUUAGACCCUGGACAGGUGUGCCGGAGAGCUGACGUUGCUAAGCUGGUUUGGCUACACCAUCGUAUACCGCUGCCGCUCUUUGGCCCUCUUUGGCCCUCUUUGGCCUCUGACCUCGCCAACCGUGACCUGCUUCACCACAGUGUGGCGCUGUCAUGUUUCUGAGUGUUUUUUUUUUUCUGGGGUCAGGACUGACGUGUGCAGGAAAAAAACUGCACAAGAUUUUAAGAGUCGAGACAAAAGGACAAAAGGCUGACGCCUUCUUCUUUCUUCAGUUCACGUUGAGUUUUUAAAAAAUCAGAUUCCCAGGAAAAGACUUCCAGACGUCUGUGCUCGGUUCUCUCGGCCGAACCUUUAUUGUGAGGACAGUCUCAGUGAUCUGAGGCAUGUCUCAUGAAAACAUCAAGUUUACGACAUGAUUCAGUUUUUUUUCUGUUAAAGAAUUGAACAGAAGGUUGUUGGAGAUGUAAGAUGUUCGGGAGCUGGAAGUCUUUUCCUGCUGCAUCACCACGUUUUUCUUUGACUCGGUCUGAUGAGCCCGAUCUCUUUGUUGGACUGAAGCUUCGCUGCGUCGGGGCGGCUCAGCUGAAAUGUGUAGAUGGUUUGAAAACGUUCUUUGUGCUCAGCUCUGGUGGUCAUUGAGACUUCAUCAUUCUCCAUCUGUACCAUAACAUCCUGUUGGUGAAUGUGAGGCCGGUCCCGUCCAGAAACAAGUCCUCAACACAGCUCGUACCUCUGCUGGUGUCAGGCUUGAGUUCCGUUCACUUAAAUCAGGCUUAAACCAGGCUUUCAUUUUGGGCAUUUGGGAAGAACCUGGUGGUUUAAACACUGAGUAAUGCCCUCGAGGCUUUUAGUCCCAGCUUGACCGUGCAGGACUUAAAGUGAGGUUACUUGAUUCUGGACCGGAUGAGAGCUUCAAAACGUCUUCAGCUCAGCAAGACCUUUUAUUCAAUAUGGAGCACCGAGGAAUGCAAGUUUGAAUUUUCAGGAACAUGUUUGUUUCCCAAAAAAAGAGACAGAAAUCCUGAUUGAAGACUUCAAAAAGUUAAUUUGAGGUUAAAGUCAAACUCUGAAUUUCACUAUUUGCAGACGCAAAUUUUACCAGAAGUCCAAAUGACCGACAAAAAACCCAAGAAAGCAAGUCUGACUAGAGUUUCAGUGCUUUUUCAUGGCUUCAGUAAAGGCAUAAACAACAGGAGUUGAGGUGGCCUGCAAAGUGGCUUGCAGAUUUGCAGAAACUACUGGUCACUGUAGGAGAACAGGCGGUGUGCUGGGAUAGCUAUCUGAGCCUGAACGUUAGAUUCAGUCUUUCUCACCCGUCAAAAAUCAGAAGCAAACUCAAAAGUUCACAGGUUUGUUUCAGUUCCCCAGAAAACAAGUUUUAAACUCAAAUACUUAAAUUAGAAAUUCAAGUAGAACCUAAAGGCUUCUAUUUGAAUCUCAACUUCAAAGAAAAUGAGUUUGAACUUCACUUCCUUCAAUUUAAAUCGAUGAUGACUCAAAAUUCACAAGUGCGCUCUCUCAGUCUCGAAUCCCAACAACAACACGUUCAACGUUUGAACUAUAAAUCGUCCACAAAAUCGGAGCUCCAGAGCAGCUCCCUGUGAUUGGCGAUGUUCCCUCCAGAGUUGGAGGACUCUUUAUUCGAUAUUAAUGGUCUUGUUGAGGCGGAGACGUUAGCAGCGGUUUUGGCGGGUACAAAGUGUGAAACCCAGUGAAGAUUACUAUUAGAUCAUCACUAGUCUGCCGGUGGCUCUCUCAGGACCACUUCCUGGGUGUCAGGCGCUCUAUCGCGGAUCCCACCGUCGUCCCCGGCAGAAACGGAUGUCCUGAAUCUCGACUCUACCCUGAUUUAAGCUAACCUCAUCUCGCACAUUUCCGACCUCACGACCUCCUGCAGCAAACCUUCCUGUUUCACGGACCAAUCACAGUUUCUGCCUGCGCUUCGCUGGGAUCCAUGAUUCUGGAAGGCGGGCGGCCUCUUGGGUCGAGGCCGUCCGCGCUGUCGCCUGAAUGAAAACACUGAAAAAAUUAAAGUGUACAUAUUGCAACCGUGUAAAUAGAAAAAUACUAACGGAGACUAUAUUUUAUGUAUGAGCGGAGAGAGAGCAGCACUAACUCAAGGAGAAACUUUAAUUUGGUGUUUUUUAUUUGUAAAAGUGAGAUAAAGUGUAAAGUGAUGACAGAAAGAAAUGAUUCUGACUUUAUGAAUUGUACAGUUAACGCCUCGGUUUGACCGUUCUGUUGUUUUCUAUCUAAAGCUUCGGGUUCUUUUUGUUUCUUCUUUUUUGUACAUAAGUGGUUGUUUACAUCGAUAACGAGUCCUUAUUUCUGUGAACGUCAGACAGACAAUGUCAUUGGAGCAGAGGUCUGAUGGGGGCGGGUCUCGGAGGGAUGGCAUCGUAACACAAAACACACAAAGGAGAUAGAUGUAAAGAUGAUUUUCAUGUAUGGUUAAACAGCACUUUAUUAAUAAUUUAAAAAUAAAAAACAUUUCUUUACAGUAAAAUAAUUUAACGGGAAAAAUGACAUUUAGAUGUUGCAAUUUUACAGGAAAAAAUGUCAUCGUUAGAUUUUAUUUUAGAUUUCCAGAAAUAAGAGAACAAUAAUUAAAAGAUUUUGAUUUUAAAAAUUAAGUUUUUCUGUUUUUCUUUUUAAAAAGUCAAAAUGUCACAUGAAAUUUGUACAAUAAGAAACAUUAAUAUUAUAAAUAUUAAUUUGCAGAAUUUCUGAGAAUAGCGUUGAAAACUCUCAGGGUUCAAUAUCAUGAGAUAAAUAAAUGAACUUUAUGACAUUACAUGAAAAAAGUGAGGAAGUCUUUUUAACAAAGUUUUAUUACACAAAGUAAUUUAAAAGCUGAAAAUUAGGUUUAAUUUUUUUGUGAUUUUUAUAAUUAUUAUAACUAAUAAUUUUGCAAUUUAAUGAUUUAAAACAUCAUAAAAUAAGUUCUAAUGUUACAAAACUGUGACUCUGUUCUUGAAAUAAUUUUUGUUAAAAUUGUACAAAGAGAAGCGUCAGACUGGACGGUCGUUUCACAGUAAAAUUACAAUUUUAUUUGUAAUUUUUACAUUAAUUGUAUUACAUUAUCAUGGAACAGGAGUCUUUUAAGAGCAGGUUUCAAAUUUUUAAAUGGUAUUUAGUAAAAAGCUGAACCAUUUAAAAUAAUAAUAAUAAUUACAACCCACAGCUUUACUUUCAUACUGUUGUGAAAAUAUAUGUUUUUAAUUGUACAUCAUUGAAUUAAGCUCAUAAUCAUUAAUGUUAUCAUUCAGGUUGUUGUCAUUACUGUUUUAUUUCUUCUAAUUACAACAUCUCUGAUAAACUCACACGCUCACUUCUUAAUUGAACCUUUUGUCAUAUUUGUUCCAUAAAAUGAAAACACUCAGAUUAUUUAUAUUACUGCACUUUAUCUUGAGAUGUGUAACUGUUACGUAUCAAAAAGCUCUGUUAAAGCAGAGAGAAGACGAGCGUAGAGAGGCUUCAGCUGGGGAUGAAUCCACUGAUUGGAAAGUUAUUGAUUAGGAAGCUCUGAGGGGAGGGUUGAAAGUGAAGCUGAUCAGUGAGUGGCCCCGCCUCCCACAGACCUACGCUCCCUCUGCUGUCACACUACAGACACUGAAAUAAAACCUCUGGACAACAA